AUGGCAGGAACUUCCAGCCAGCGGAUGACAGUCGACCAAAUGUUGGAGAGAUACGGCAAAGGCCAAGUGGAGCAAGUCUUAUUCAUCCUCGAUUUUGAGCAAACGUUGGUUGACUAUCAAGAUAGAUUCGACCCCGACGAGGAUCCAAGCCUCUCUCCCGAUGUUCUUUGGAGAAUCAUGGCUCUGAAGUAUCAGUUCAAGGGCGGUCGUAACAACCUCGGGCUGUAUGGCCAAGAUGAAAUACACGAGUCGGUCAAGGUGAACAUCGAUGCAGUUCUAGCUGCAUAUCGCAAUGGGGGCUUGGAGGUUUCAAAGGACAUGAUAUCAGUGUGGUGGGCUGGGAAUCUGGUGAAGGGUCCGAUGAAGCGCAAAGACUGGAAUAGAGAUAGCCUUCCAAGCGACAUGCCAGAGUGGCGAGAGAAGUAUGGGCCGGGGCUGCCAUGGGUAGAGGAUUACAAUCUCAGAGUUAAGCUCAAAGGGUGGAAUGUUGGAGAUCCUGAAAUCAACAUUACCAAUGUUCUUGAUGACACCGGAUCCAACUACCUUGAGUUGUUCCUAGAUGACGCCGCUGCUUUGAUGCUUGAUUUCAACACGUACCCGUACUUUGGGGCUCCUGUAAUGGCAUUAACCGCAAAUGGGAUUACUUGGUAUCAUACCUUCCAAGUAAGGAUAUCGGUUCUACGAGGAGAUUUUUCACUUUUUGGUGUCUUCGGAGACUAUUGGUUCGACGCCUGGGCUGUCCUCCCACUAGCGACUUACUCUGGGCAAUAUCGUUGCUCUGGUCCAGCUUUACGCUUAAAAUACUAUACCGCCACUAAUCCAAUGGGGCGAAUGAUGAUCUCGAACAACAAGUCUGGACUGAGGGGUCUUCCCUGA